GAUGAACCACCGAAGCAUCAGACCAGCGUCACUAGCCAAGUGUGAUCGAGCACAGUCAAGACAUCCAUGUAGCUGCUAUCGUCACCAUUUGAGCAUUCUGCGCUUGAGAAGAUGUUUCGUCACUUCUACCUGCUGAUCAUUGUGCACACUCGUGUGAUGUCACAAAACUACUCCCAGACUCACCCACCACCAACAGUCCCUACAAAACGGCUAGGCUAUGAGACCAAGCCACAAGCAGCUGACUGGGCUUGGAACUUCCUACCUUCUGAAAAAACUCAGCUUCUGAACUGGCUGUUAGUCGGCUGUGUGAAGCCAGAGGAAUCCUGCACCAAAGCCUUGCCCAAUCACAUACGCCCGACUGAAUACGAAGGCUACGAUGGAUUCUACAACAACCUGGCCCACCCGGAACUGGGAGCUGUAGACACACCUCUCCUGCGACGCGUACCUGCAGCCUACGAAGACGGAGUGUACAAGCCUUCUGGACAUAACCGACCGAAGCCUCUAGAACUCAGCCGACUCCUGGAAGGCCCCCUCAAGGCCACCCAAUCAAAAACAGGGAAGACUGCACUCUUAGUAUUUUUUGGGCAGCAAGUAGUGGAGGAGAUCCUGGAUGCCCAGAGAGCAGCGUGUCCCCCGGAGUACUUCAACAUCCACAUCCCAAAGGACCACGCCUACAGAAAGAGGCUCAACCACACAAUGAUGCCGGUGCUAAGGACGCGCUAUGACGCACGCACUGGCUUCUCACCCAACAACCCUCGACAACAGCUGAAUGAGAUCACCCCUUGGCUGGAUGGAGGUCUGGUGUACGGGACAACAAAAACAUGGUCAGACCAACUCCGGACCUACAAGAACGGAACCAUAGACCCUAACGGAUUGUUAGCGUCAUCGGAAGACGGCCUAUUUCCUGAGUACAACACAGUGGGACUGCCAAUGGCCAAUCCCCCACCACCUGCUCAUCAUCACAAGAUUGUUGAACGCCACCAACUAGAUCCAGUCCACAGGUUUUUCAAACUGGGAAACCCAAGAGGCAACGAAAAUGCAUUUUUGUUGUCAUUUGGAGUCCUGUGGUUCCGGUGGCACAACCACAUUGCUCGACAAUUGAAGGUGCUCCACCCAGGUUGGGGUGGUGAAAAAAUAUACAAUGAGGCACGUAAAUGGGUGAUAGCAACUCACCAACACAUUGUUGUGAACGACUGGCUACCAAAACUACUGGGUGAAAAGUUAUCAGGCUACACAGGUUAUAAUCCGGCAAUUGAUCCACAAAUUGAUCAGUUUUUCCAGGCAGCGGCAUUCAGAUUUGGGCACACACUAGUGACACGUGGUGUCUACCUGAGGGAUUACGGUCGCAAUGGAUGCAGGUCAACAGUCCCUCAUGGCUGGAACGGUACAGCUGUAAGAACUUGCAACAUUUUUUGGAGACCACAGGAUGCUAUCCAGGCAAAGUACAACAAUGAUAGCGAAGAGUUUAUGGACAUAGACAGGUUGCUGAUGGGAAUGGCAUUUCAAUUAUCUGAAAAAGAGGAUCAUAAGAUAGUUGAAGACUUGCGAGGUAAUGUGUUUGGUCCACUAGAAUUUUCUCGGCGAGAUCUUAUGGCUUUAAAUAUUCAGAGAGGCAGGGACCACGGCCUCCCAGACUAUAACACGGUGAGAGAGGCCUUUGGACUGAAGCGUGUCAAGGAUUGGGCUGACUUCCCUGACACAAUAGAACAAGAGGUAAAAGAUUUAUUCAACCAACUACACAAUAAAUCAUUUGAAGAUGUUGAUCUUUGGGUGGGAGGCAUCUUGGAGACGAAAGACGGACCGGGCGAACUUUUCACUACCAUCAUUAAGGACCAGUUUGAAAGAAUAAGGGAUGGAGAUCGCUUCUGGUACAAAAAUACAGCUAACAAUCUAUUUACAGAUGAGGAGAUACAACGUAUCGAACAGCUGACCAUUUAUGACAUCAUCAUGUCAGUCACCAAGAUGGCUCACGAUGACAUCCAAGAGGAUCCCUUCACGGCAGUAACAAAUCUUAACAAAAACAUCAACGUAAACUGCUCACAACAGCUUUCAAAAAACUCAACUUGUAAAAUAAAUAAUAGCAUGGUAAGCUGUUACCAUUUAGAGCCACUAACAUCUGACAACCUCGAGGAAUGCACAUUACCUGAGACCUACGAUUACUUUGAAGGCAGCGAGAUAUCUUUCAUCGUCACGUUUCUCGGAGUAGGUCUCAUUGUGUUGGCAUUUGUAGCAGCUUUAGUCCUUCUGAGACUUCAGAAACAAAACUAUCGUGGGAAGAAAAUAACAAGAAUGGAGUCAAAAGUAAGACAGUCUUACAAGAAGUCAAAUGCCCUUCUCACUCCAUUUGCAGCACAAGAGUGGGUGGGGCCCAAGAUCCCGCUGCGGCCGGUGGUCGUGGUGUUUGACGCGGGGCAGCGGCAGAUGAAGGUCUUGACGCAGUCGGGGCAGCUGCAGCGAGCACUGGACCUUUCGCACCGCGAUCAUCACACACAAGUGUUCAACGUCACCGAUGGGCUGCACGUCGUGAUCAGAACCACCAACGACUAUGACCUGGUUUUGAAAUUCUGCUCGGCGUUCUUGAGGAGCUCAUUCUUGCAAGCAUUUGAGAAGUACGUGGCAGAAGUGGGGAUCAGACGAGAGAACAUCACCAUGCCACUCCAAGCAACUCUAAAGCAAGCCAUCACGCAGAAGGACCGCCAAAAGAAACUGGAGAUGUUUUUCAGGGUCGUCUUUGCACAGGCAUUUGGAAUUCCACACUCAGAAGAUGAGAUUUUAAAUACAGAUCAAAAUACUUCAAAAGAAAUUAUAUACACUGAAAUCACCAAGACUGAAUUUGCUGAUGCAUUAAGCAUGAAAAGAGAUUCUGAAUUUGUUGAGAAGAUGUUUGCAUUGGUUGACAAGGACCAAAAUGGAUUUGUUUCAUUCAGAGAAUUUCUCGACAUGCUCGUAAUUUUUGCAAAAGGUUCUCCUGAUGACAAGGCACAGCUAAUGUUUGAUAUGUACGACAUCAACAAAACAAGACAGCUUACAAAAACUGAUUUCAAACACAUGAUCAGGUCCUUGAUCGAGACGGUGAGCACAGACGUGAAGGAAGGCGAUCUGAACAACAUCGUCGAAGACAUGAUGACACAAGCUGGACUGCAGCACAAGGCAAAAAUUGGCGUCAGCGAUUUCCAGCGUCUGCUAGCAGACUACAAAGACAAACUGAACUACACCCAUCUCAACUUCACCGGAGUUCCUGGGCAGCCCGCCAGUGUGAACACACGAACAUCGUUUGUGGCAAAAGCCCAGGAAACAUUUAGCAACUUGUACAGGCAACCAGGAGAUGCAACAGAAGGAACACAGGAUUCUGAACCCACUACGACCCUGGAGCAACAGAAAACGCCACCCAACACCAAAAACCUGAGCGCCACCCCUUCAAAGAGACUCGCUAUACAACGUCUCAUCGAAAACUACUCACUUACAAUCUUUUGGCUGACUCUCUACACACUUGUCGUGUUGGCAAUAUUUGCAGAGCGAGCCUACUACUACUCAGUGGAGCGGGAGCACUCGGGGCUGAGGCGCAUCGCCGGCUACGGGGUCACGGUAACACGCGGUGCAGCGUCCGCCAUGAUGUUCACCUACUCCACCCUGCUGCUCACCAUGUGUCGCAGCACCAUCACCCUGCUCAGGGACACCUUCCUGCACCUGUACAUCCCCUUCGACCUCGCCAUCUCCGCGCACAAGUACAUAGCCGUGCUCGCGCUGCUGUUCACAGUUAUCCAUGUAGUUGGCCACGCUUUCAACUUCUACAGCAUUUCAACUCAGACAGCAGAUGAUCUAACAUGUUUGUUUCGCAACUUCUACCAUGCGUCUCACGAGCUGCCCAAGUUCUCAUACUGGUGCUGGGAGACUAUCACUGGGGUCACCGGUAUACUUCUCACGCUGCUGACAGCCCUCAUCUUCACGUUUUCCCUGCCGGUGGCUCGCAGGGAGCUCUACAACGCCUUCUGGAUCAUACACUCACUCUACCCUGUGUUCUACAUCCUCAUGGUGCUGCACGGUGCUGGUCGCCUUAUACAGGAACCCUUCUUCUACUACUUCUUCCUGGGUCCAUGUGUAAUGUUCACAGUGGAUCACAUGAUCACUGCCAGCAGGAAGAUGGUCGAAGUGCCCGUGGUGAACGCCGAGUUGCUACCAUCCAAUGUAACAAUGCUAGAGUUCAAAAAGCCGUUCAAUUUUGAAUACAAGUCGGGCCAGUGGAUACGCAUCUCCUGCCCGACACUCAACACCUUGGAAUACCACCCUUUCACCCUGUCGUCUGCGCCCCACCAACCCACCCUCACAGUGCACAUACGAGCUGUGGGUCCCUGGACCACCAACAUCCGCCAGAAGUACGACCCUACCUUACUCAGGGAGAAGCCUCUGCCCAAGCAGAUUCGCAUAGAGGGACCGUUUGGUGAAGGCCAUCAAGACUGGUAUCAGUUUGAGGUUGCCGUGCUUGUGGGUGGCGGGAUUGGGGUGACGCCCUUCGCUUCUAUCCUGAAAGACAUCGUGAAUAGAGUGAACACAAAUCAGCACACAGCCUGUAAAAAGGUAUACUUCAUAUGGGUGACUAAAACUCAAAAACAGUUUGAGUGGCUAGUUGACAUUAUUCGAGAGAUUGAGAGACAUGACCAUAAAAAGGUAGUUUCAGUUCACAUCUUCAUCACCCAGUUCUACCAAAAGUAUGACCUGCGCACAAUCAUGCUGUAUAUAUGUGAACGCCACUUCCAACGCAUUUGCAAUCGAUCGCUUCUGACCGGGCUGCAAGCGCAAACAGACUUUGGAAGACCGAACUUCACCGUCAUCCUCUCAUCCGUGCAGAGUGCGCACAGAAAGGUGGGUAAGAUUGGUGUAUUCAGCUGUGGUCCACCUUCCCUGACCCAAAUCGUGGAUGUGUCGUGCAUCAGCCUGAACAAGAAGACAGUGAGAGGACCUCUGUUCCAGCAUCACUUCAAGAACUUCUAAGAAAUCAGAAAUACUCAUUUUUAACACACAUGAUGUAUAUACAGUAGAGUCCCGCUAAUCCGAACCCCGCUAAUCCGAAUAUCCGCUUAAUCCGAACAGGCUAGGACAAAAAAAAUUUUUUUAUAACAUUUAAGAACUAGGAAAAGUAAAGAAAAUCAAGUUUUUUCAAGUAAUGUUGUACGUUUAUUAAUAUUUUCUUAAGAAACUUAUAAUUUAUAUAUUUCAUUGUCUAAUUGAAAAGAGAAAAAAAUAGGAUUACCUACAUAGUACUUCAAUACAUAGGUACAUAUUGAAAUUUUUUGAAUAUACUUACAUACUAUUUGUAGAAUUCAUGUCCAGUACAGGAUUGACACAAAACAAAACUUAAAAAAGCAAACCAUUAUCUAAGAAGAAAAGUCAGUAAUCUUCCUUUGACGCAAUGCACUUAAUCGGCUUGAAGAUGCAAUGUUUCGCCAAUGCCGUACAAACGUAACAUCUGUUUGGGUUGCAUCGGCAUGUUGCUCGACGUAGCGCAAAGUCAGAUCAAGGGCACUGGCUGCGGCAGUGUGAGAAACAUCAGUAGGCGCGUUUCCUUCCUCCUCACUGUCGUCUGCAUCGAGAUCAGUUGACGUUCCCUGCACAGCUGCUACGAUAUCUUCAUCUGUGUAUUCCUCGUGGCCACAGUCGUCAAUGGCCGUCCACUUUUCAACGCACUCUUCUGUGUUUUCGCAACCUGGUACAAUUUUUUUCACUAGUUGAAGAAGUUCAAAAUUUUCUUUUGCCGGGGGAAGACCGUUUGGACAAACUCUAAAUCAGGCCAGAGAUUUGUCCAUGAUUUCUGUAAAGAUUCCUUUUGUGUUUUCUCCCAAGCUUCUGCUACCCAGUAAAUGACAUCCUUAAUGGUGAUUUUCUUGAGUUUAUGCUAGAUUGUCAGUUCUUCAUUCUCUUCAAGCAUGCUACGAAGAAGAAUUUUUCUGUAAUUCUGUUUCAAAGCCUGCGAAACUCCAUGGUCCAUUGGCUGCAAAAUUGAAGUGACGUUUGGUGGGAGAAAAAUGGCUUUGAUAUCACCGCAAACAAGUUGCAUUUCUUCAGGAUGUGACGGCGCAUUGUCUAUGACUAACAAAGCACUAGGAGGCAAUCCAUUUUCUUUGUUAAAAGCCUUUACUUUUGGCACAAAUGGUUUUUCAAACCAGUCUUGGAACAAGACACGAUUUAUCCAAGCUUUCUUUUGGUUUCUGUAUAAUACAGGGAGAGUGUUCAUGUUCAUGUUUUUAAAACAGCGUAGUUUUGCCGAUUUGCUGAUAACCAUCAGUGGAAGCUAAUUUGUGGCAGAAGCGUUGCAACAGUCUAACACAGUUAGGCGUUGUUUAUACAUUUUAAACCCUGGUGCAAUGUUUCGUACGAAGACACUCGUUUUGCUACGUUUUUCAAUAAUUUUUUCACUUUUGGUAGUACAAAACUGCUCAAUUUUACCUCUGUUAUUUUUCAAUCGGAAAUGGUUGCUUUGCCGACACCAAAUUCUUUCGAUAACAGAGUGACACUUUCACCUUUGUCAAGUCUUUUCAGCACUUCCAGUUUUUCUUUUAAUGUACACGAUUUAUGUUUACGCUUGUUUGUCAUUAUGACCAACAGCACUAUACACCGCUCACAAGGGCUCACAAAACACAGGACAAGUGUGCAGUAGCAGGUGACAACAGUAGCGUGUGGCGCAGCGUAAGCCUAUGCGGGAAGGAGGAAGGGUGCUUUGCUUACUCUUGUUGAAGGUCACUACCCUUCCGCUAAUAUUCACUCAUGAACCGCCCUUCAUUUCGACCUAAUGUUGUCACGUAAUGUAGGCUGUUGGAUUUGUUAAACUCGGAAUAUUUGAAAUUGCAGUUUAGACUAUGUGAGUAAUUAAAAAUAUAUGAUACUAAAUAUGUACGCUAAAUAAUAAAGGUGUAUUUUUCGUCUGACCUUUCAUACAUAUUUGACACAUCAUACACUAAAUACACCUCAAAAAGACAAUAUGGCAUUAUAUGACAAUAUUCCGCCUAAUCCGAAUUUUCGCCAAUCCGAACAGGGUUCGGUCCCAAUUAGUUCGGAUUAGCGGGGUUCUACUGUAUGUGCUUUCUGGUAUAGUGUAUAAGCUUCAGCCAACCAUAAUACAGACAUACAUGCUAGCUACAUGGACUGAGUCAACAUGGUAAACGUAUCUAUUUUUGAGGAGUUGUUUUACAACUGAAUACAGUAUACCUAAAUUAACGCCAUUUAUUAAAAAUAUUUUUUCUGCGUGUACUAUAAAAAUCUUUCAAUGUUUCCAUGAUAUUAACAUAUGUAAUUAAAGUAUAAUUCAAGUCAUUCUUAAAUUGUAGUGUUAUAAUAGAACCAUACAAAUAAAAAAAGUUCUUUAAAGCAAGAUAAACACACCUGAAAGUAAGAAAAAAUACCAAAAUGCUCUACACUUUCCACUGAUUGUUAUAAACCAAAAAGCAUAUUUUGUUCCAUAAGAAUCAUGACUAUUUUCCUUAACUGAGUAGUUUUUAAAAUACAAAUAGCACUAUGCAAUUUGCUGUAAGAAAGCCAUGACCAGAGCUGCCAACCUCAAAUCACACCCAUCAGUAAUGCCAAUUAUAUGAAAAAAGUACACAUAAAUCAUGCACGAUAAAUUUUUCCUGGGGAAUUAUGACACACACAAGAUCAAACAAGGACAAUAAUAUGCAAAAAAAAAUGAAAAAUAUAGGCCUAUGUAUAUGAAUACAAUGCAAAUUAAUUAAUCGAAGAAAAAAAACUAUUUCAACAAUACAAUCAUCUGAAUAUGUAAGAAAUGUCAAUAAUUUUACUGGAAAUUUUGAACCUUCAAUUCAAAGUAUUCAAAGUUAAACUUUUGAACAACUGUCUUUUUAUUUGCUUAUUUUAUCCUGGUUGGAUAAGAACUGUCUUGUAAACCAAUAACAGAAGACAAACAAACGAACUUGUCAACAAUAACUCUGCGUUCGUAAUUUCGUUUCUUCAGAUGUAGCAAAAAAACUACGAUAUAGAUUUAUUGCUCAUCAUGGCUAUAAAGUGUUCCGCAUGUUUCUUUGAUUCAAUAUGCCGUUUAAAGUCAUCCCUUCCAUCAUGUGCAAUCGAAAAGUCACACGUGCGUACAUUACAAAAUGAGUGGUGUUCCAAAACAUUUGAAGACAAGCAUGGCCAUUCUUUUGAAUAGUUAGGUCGAAAGUUCUGAAGAAUUGUGUUUUUUUCCCCCAGAUACACAUUUUUUCUGUCACACGCUUCAUUUUUACAACCAGCACUGAAGAACACAACACUAUCGAAAAACAUAAAAAAAUUUCACGUCUGUAGACAUGACAAAAACACUAACAUGAAAAAAAUGGCUUUCAAGAAAUAAAUUAAAACAACACAUGUUAGCCAAAGUACCAUACAAAAAUUAUUUGAUGUAAGUAGCCAACAAACGAAAAGUGCGAGAAUAGGUACUAGUUGUAUCGUACAAUGGACGUAAUACCAUCCCAUUAUUAUUUCAAAACACUAGAAUUAAUCUACUUAUUUCGACAGUACAUGCGCACACAUACUAGUUCCGUUAUUCGCACAACCACGCAAUGUAUUCGAACUGCGUUCACAAAACAGCACAGCAGAAACAGAACUUUUUCUGUAACCGUGCAGCACAAAGCCUCGUUUCCGUAAUAAACCAGCGAUGUUCCGUAAUUCGGUGUUAAAUCCGUAAUAAUUACGGAAAAUCCGUAAUGGUUGGCAGCUCUGCAUGACUAAAAGAACACAAAAGUCAAAUUAAUUACUUUAAUUUGGUUGAACAAAUCUAUAGACAAUAAACUUUGUUUAAAAUCAAUGUUGCAAUUUUCAUCUCAUACAUCUAGUACAUUGAAAGGCAAUACAUAUUCAAAUUUAUGUACUUACACAUUAAUACCAAAUGAUCACACAAAAAAUAUUAUGAACAUAAUCAAUAAAGUGUUGAUUUUGAAUA